AUGGGUUCUGCGUCAACGUAUUGCAGGGGUCCUGGGUCAACGUUUUACAAGGGUUCUGGAUCAACGUAUUACAAGGGUCCUGGGUCAACGUUUUACAAGGGUUCUGAGUCAACGUAUUACAAGGGUUCUGGGUCAACAUUUUACAUAGGUUCUGGUUCAACGUAUUACAAGGGUUCUGGGUCAACGUUUUUCAAGGGUUCAGGGUCAACGUAUUACAAGGGUUCUGGGACAACGUAUUACAAGGGUUCUGGGUCAACGUUUUGCAAGGGUUCUGGGUCAACGUAUUACAAGGGUUCUGGGUCAACGUUUUGCAAGGGUUCUGGGUCAACGUAUUACAAGGGUUCCGGGUCAACGUUUUACAUGGGUUCUGUGUCAACGUUCUACAAGGGUUCUGGAUCAACGUAUUACAAGGGUUCCGGGUCAACGUAUUGCAAGGGUUCUGGGUCAACGUAUUACAAGGGUUCUGGGUCAACGUUUUGCAAGGGUUCUGGUUCAACGUAUUACAAGGGUUCUGGGUCAACGUAUUACAAGGGUUCCGGGUCAACGUAUUACAAGGGUUCUGGGUCAACGUAUUACAAGGGUUCUGGGUCAACGUUUUGCAAGGGUUCUGGGUCAACGUAUUACAAGGGUUCCGGGUCAACGUUUUACAUGGGUUCUGUGUCAACGUUUUACAAGGGUUCUGGGUCAACGUAUUACAAGGGUUCUGGGUCAACGUAUUACAAGGGUUCUGGGUCAACGUAUUGCAAGGGUUCUGGGUCAACGUAUUACAAGGGUUCUGGGUCAACGUUUUGCAAGGGUUCUGGGUCAACGUAUUACAAGGGUUCCGGGUCAACGUUUUACAUGGGUUCUGUGUCAACGUUUUACAAGGGUUCUGGAUAA